UCAGAGGGGGUGGGUCCAUCUAACCCUCUCCAUGCAUUUAAUCCCGAACCAGUGCCCUGCAAAUUCAUUGUGUGUCGCUGUUAUAACUCGUGCCUGUACUCUAAAUGCUAGUAUAGCUUUCUGAGAAGCCUUUUCAUAGUCUUCAUUUUUGGGUUCAUUGUGGCUCUGUUGGAAGAAGAGGGAACACUAUCCAACCGCCUUAGGACCCUUCAGACCGAGUGGAACGGAGUAGUGUAUAACAGAGAGAGAGAGAGAGAGAGAGAGAGAGAGAGAUAGUCUACCUGUCCCAUCUCGCCGGCUGCGUCUCAUUUCUUCCCUGCACUUCGCCAAGUUAGUAGAUGAUACACUCAUCAGACCUCUACUAUAAGCGUCUUCAUCGCCUGCUGUUGUGGCAUUGGUGUUGAACUCCUGGCGGUGUGUGUCAACCUCUGUGUACAUUUGUUUUGAGAGAUAACAACCUGCACCCAGACAUCAGGGCAGAUUGAUUACACAGCAAGCCUGAGCAUCAAGUGUCCAGAAUGAGACGUUUGUUUGUGUGUGUUGGUGCACUGCUGGCUUUAGCGAACAUCAUGGAAGCGAGGCCCAAAGCAGCUGGAAAUGAAAAGUGUAAGUCUGGCCCGGUUGACCUUGUCUUCAUAAUUGACGGCUCGCGCAGCGUUCGGCCACACGAGUUUGAGACGAUGCGCAAGUUUAUGAUUGACAUUAUCAAUGAGAUGGACAUCAGCCCCAAUGCUGCCCGUGUGGGUGUUGUUCAGUAUUCCAGUCAAGUGCAGAAUGUCUUUUCCCUGAAACAGUUCAUUACUCAUGAGGAUAUGGUCAAGGCCAUCAAAGAGAUCGUACCGCUGGCACAGGGUACCAUGACAGGCCUGGCUAUCCGUUAUGCCAUGAAUGUGGCAUUCUCUGCGGAGGAGGGGGCUCGGCCCAAUGUGCCUCACGUAGCGGUGAUCGUCACUGAUGGGAGGCCUCAGGACCGCGUUGCCGAGGUAGCUGCAGCUGCUCGAGAGUCUGGGAUCGAGAUCUAUGCUGUGGGCGUAGCCAGAGCUGACAUGACAUCCCUGAGAGCCAUGGCAUCGCCACCUUUCGAAGACCAUGUCUUCCUAGUGGAGAGCUUCGAUCUCAUUCACCAGUUUGGGCUCCAGUUCCAAGACAAGCUAUGCAAAAUUGAUCUUUGUGUUGAGUCUGACCAUGGCUGUGAUCAUAUCUGUGAGAGCUCUCCUGGCUCCUAUCAGUGUCUCUGCCUGCCAGGUUACACUCUCCAAGAUGAUGGCAAGACCUGCACAGCUAUUGAUUUGUGUGCGGAGGAGAAGCAUGACUGUGAGCAAAUCUGUAUCAGUUCUCCUGGGUCUUUCAACUGUGACUGCAAUACAGGCUAUACACUCAAUGAAGAUAAAAGGACCUGCACAAUGAUAGACUACUGUUCAUUUGGAAAUCAUAGCUGUCAGCAUGAGUGUGUGAGCAUCCUUAAUGGCUUUAACUGUCACUGCAAGGAGGGAUACAUUCUGAAUGAUGACGGAAGGACCUGCACAAUGAUUAACUACUGUUCAUUCGGAAAUGAUAGCUGUGAGCACAGUUGUGUGGGUGUCCUUAAUGGCUUUUACUGCCAGUGCAGUGAAGGAUACAAACUAAACAAGGAUGAAAGGACCUGCACAAUGAUCGACUACUGUUCAUUUGGAAAUGAUAGCUGUGAGCACAAGUGUGUUAGCAUCCUCAGCGGCUUUUACUGUCUCUGUAAUGAUGGAUACAAACUCAAUGAUGACAAGAAGACCUGUGCAAUGAUUGACUAUUGUUCAUUUGGGAAUCACAGCUGUGAUCAUGAAUGUGUGAGUGUAUUAAAUGGAUUCCAUUGCCGCUGUAAUGAGGGAUACACUCUUCAAGGGGAUGGGAAGACCUGUCAGGUGGACAACCUGUGUAAUGUAGUAGAGCAUGGCUGUCAGCACCAGUGUGUGAGUACACCAGGAUCAUACCACUGUAUCUGCCCCGAGGGUCAUCUUCUACAAGAAGAUGGAAAGAGCUGUGGAAGCUGCAGAUCAGCCAACAUUGACCUGGUUCUCCUGAUUGAUGGCUCUAAGAGUGUACGGCCACAAAACUUUGAGCUCGUCAAGCAGUUUGUCAACCAGGUUGUCGACCAACUAGAUAUCUCUGCUCAUGGGACACGUGUGGGUCUUGUCCAAUACUCCAGCCGGGUGAGGACUGAGUUCCCAUUAAAUAUGUACAAGAGCAAGGAAGAGAUCAAGGCAGCUGUGAUGAAAGUAGCCUACAUGGAGAAAGGAACCAUGACAGGGCUAGCACUACAGCACAUGGUGCAGGAAAGCUUCUCUGAGGCUGAGGGUGCCCGCGCUGCCUCAAGAAACAUACCUCGUGUUGGGCUGGUGUUUACUGAUGGACGCUCUCAGGAUGACAUAACAGAGUGGGCCAAAAAGGCCAAGGAAGCAGGAAUUACAAUGUAUGCUGUUGGUGUGGGCAAAGCUGUAGAGGAUGAGCUGAGAGAGAUUGCUUCUGAGCCAGUGGAGAAACAUUUCUUCUACACCUCCGACUUCACCGCUAUUAACCAGAUUGCAGAGAACCUUAAACUCAAUGUCUGUCCAGAGGAGAGUCAGGGUGAAAUAGAAGUGAAGGACCCUUGUGCCUGUGAUAGUCUUGUGGAGUUCCAGCAGGCUACCAUGGUCACUCUGAACCAGCUCAACCAGAAACUGUCAGCAAUGACUACACGAAUGGAGCAUCUGGAGAAGCAGCUGCUCAAAAGGAAAUGAGAUUAUUAAAUCACCUGCAAGACUAAGAUGAUGGGGAUGAGCUCCUUUUGGGAGGCACUUAGUGAUGGCUCCAAAACAAGUUUUACAUAACCAAAGGUCUGCGGGUAUAGAACAUAUAUACUGCAUUUACAUUAAGAAUCACUGUGCAUGAUACAUGCUCUGGAGUCCACGCUAGAUGCAGUUUUCAUUGUACCCUGUUUAUACCCUCCCUUUUUUUAUAGUUAUUAAAAAUAUUUAUGAUCAAUUUUGUAUCAUAUUAGCACUGCUAUAUGGUGUACAUUUUAUACAUUCAACUCAAUUUCAAGUUUUUAUAAUACUUUUUGACUUUCGUUUCUACUAAAAUGACAAAUACAUUUAAAUAGAAAGUACUUAGAUAUAAAGACAGAUGGCAGAAAAAUAACAACAAAAAGUGUCAAGUGUCACCACAAGCCACCAUUACAGCUUCAAUAUGUCUUCACAUAGAGUCUUUGGAACUCUACUAGAGGGAUGACACUCCAUCCCAAAGAUACUGUAUUCCCUUAAUUAGUGUUUUGAUAAUGGUUAAUAGGGUUGGCUAGAACAGUCCAAAGUCACCUAUAGGUGUUCAAUUGAGCUAUGACCUGCUGUGAAGGCCAUAGCAUAUGAUUUUUAUCAUUUUCAUACUCAUCAACCCAUUCAGUGAGCCCACAUGCCCUGUAGAUGGGGACAUUGUCUACUGGGAAGAGACCAUCUCCAUGAGGGAAAAAAAUAGGAUAAAAUUGAUCAGUUGGGGAAAAAAUUCCUUUUUAAUUUGUCACCCAUCUGUAUAGAGAUAAUAAACUGAUUACUGAAUUGCAUUAAUUCGGAAGCCAUCUAUAUUCAAGUACACUAAAAUCAUUUCAAUAUUUCUGCUUUGAAAUGACCUGGUUCAGUUAUAGUUUACAAAAUGGUUCACAUACCUACAGGACCAAUGACCAGUUUCACUAAGAGCUCCUUGUGAGUCUUUUUUCUACUUUCUGUCCUAUAUGAUAAUUAGUGUAUAGUGGCCAGCAUAUGGAUUGAAGAUGGUUAGGGAAAUAAUCAAGACUGAUGGCUUUUUCAGUAGUUCACAUUCUGGACUAAACAGGAUUUCAUUUAUUACUUGAACUUAUCUGUGUAAAACAGCUUUAGUGCAAAAUAUCCCAUAAUAUUUUAUAACCCCUGAUUUUGAUUUUUUUUAAAAAGUGUGAUCCCUGUGCUUUUACAUACUUUCUAAUAACCAGUUUUGUAAUGAGAAUUUCUUAUUGACAAAAUGAAAUAAAGAUGAAACUUUAUAAUUUGCUGUUUGUUGAAUAUUAAGAUUAAAAAUGGUUAAAAUUAAAAAUUUGUUGCUCUUUAGAUGGCUAUUGUAUGAAUAUUUUUGAAAUUUUGUACAUUUAAUUGAAUAAGUCAUACCAGCUUCAUGUGAAUGACACUUCAUGAAUGUAUACUGUACUGGAGUUUAUGUGAAAUACUUUUUGUAACAUAAGUUAUUAUAAACUAUUUUUUAAUUCUUAUUAUCUGUUCACCCAUUGACCCUGGCCAUUGCAUUUGAAUUUAUAGUGACACAGUUGUAACAUUUAUCAUGGUAUCCUCAAUCUGAUUUCAUCUCAUUUAUAUUAUAUAGCCAAAAGUUUGUGGGCCUUCCCCAAAUUAUUGACACAAAUUGAGAAUCACACAAUUGUGUAGGAUGUCUUUGUAUGCUGUAGCAUUACAGUUUCUAUUCACUGGAACUAAGGGGCCCAAACAUGUUCCAGCAUGACAAUGCCCCUGUGCACAAAGCGAGGUCCAUAAGGACAUGGUGUGGCAAGGUUGGAGUGGAAAAACAUGAGUGGCCUGCACAGAGCCCUGAUCUCAACCACACUGAACACCUUUGGGAUUAAAUGGAACGCAGACUGCACUCCAGCUCUUCUUGUCUGACAUAAGUGCCUGACCUCAAUAAGGAUAUUUUUACAAGCAGGCAAAAGUUGCCCAAACCUGAUUUACUGACCAAAUCCGAUUUUUUUUGUUAGGCUGUUCACACUAUGUUGUCAAUGUGACCUCUAUCUGACAUUAAAGGAACAAUGUGUCACGUGAUGCAUUCAAGCGCGCUGUAAAAAGG